CCAGGCUGACCCGGUCCCAGGCUGCCCCCGUCCCACAGACCAGGCUGACCCGGUCCCAGGCUGCCCCCGUCCCACAGACCAGGCUGCCCCGGUCCCACAGACCAGGCUGCCCCCGUCCCACAGACCAGGCUGCCCCGGUCCCAGGCUGCCCCCGUCCCACAGACCAGGCUGCCCCCGUCCCACAGACCAGGCUGCCCCGGUCCCAGGCUGCCCCCGUCCCACAGACCAGGCUGCCCCGGUCCCAGGCUGCCCCCGUCCCACAGACCAGGCUGCCCCCGUCCCACAGACCAGGCUGACCCGGUCCCAGGCUGCCUCCAGAUUGCACUAGUUCCCAUAGUAAUUUUGAUAUGGAGUUCUAUAGGGACGUGUUAAGGGUUUGAUUCAUGGGAAAUAUUAUAUAUUUGUAAUGUUUAGCCCAUUUUGUGACUAGACAUUAAAGCGUGAACACUUUCAGUGCAAGGUCAAUUCUUUACACUUUUUAAAAGAUGAGUAUGCCCCAUAUUGAUGGCACCAUUUCUAUGUAAAUGACCGUUCAACCAUCUUCAGAAGACCAGGUUUUAAAGCAAGUCUGUUCUAUUUUCUGGCAUUACGAGACCCUGUGUUGAUGCUGUUAUUGUAUGUGAGACAAACAUGUCUAUACUCUCUGUCUCUGAACUAGUCACACUAUUGGACGAAUAGGAAAGGCAAUUUCCCCAGACAUUUUCCCAUUGGACGAUCAGUUAUGCAAAGCCCAACCCAGUGUCUUCAGACAGUGUUCAUACCCCUCGACUUAUUCCACAUGUUACAGGCUGCAUUCAACAUGGAUUAAAUCAAUUGUUUUUUUCCCCCUUACCCAUCUAGUCACAAUACCCCAUAAUAACAAAGUGAAAAUAUGUUUUUAGAAAUGUUUGCAAAUGUAUUAAAUGAAAUAUGGAAAUAUAUAAUUUACAUAAGUAUUCACACCCCUGAUUCAAUACUUUGAAGAAGCACCUUUCAGUAUGUCUGGGUCAGAUUGGAGUCGUCUUGGGGAUGUCUGGGUCAGAUUGGAGUCGUCUUGGGGAUGUCUGGGUCAGCUUGGAGUCGUCUUGGGGAUGUCUGGGUCAGAUUGGAGUCGUCUUGGGGAUGUCUGGGUCAGAUUGGAGUCGUCUUGGGGAUGUCUGGGUCAGAUUGGAGUCGUCUUGGGGAUGUCUGGGUCAGCUUGGAGUCGUCUUGGGGAUGUCUGGGUCAGAUUGGAGUCGUCUUCAGUAUGUCUGGGUCAGAUUGGAGUCGUCUUGGGGAUGUCUGGGUCAGAUUGGAGUCGUCUUGGGGAUGUCUGGGUCAGCUUGGAGUCGUCUUGGGGAUGUCUGGGUCAGCUUGGAGUCGUCUUGGGGAUGUCUGGGUCAGCUUGGAGUCGUCUUGGGGAUGUCUGGGUCAGAUUGGAGUCGUCUUGAUUUGGGGAUUUGCUCUCAUUAUUCUUUGCACAUUUUCUCAAGCUCUUAAAUUAGAUGGGGAGUGGUGGUGAACAGCAAUCUUCAGAUUUUCAAGUCUAGGCUUUGGCUCGGCCACUGACGGACUUUCACAUUCUUGUUCUGAAGCCAUUCCAGUGUUGCUUUGGCUGUGUGCUUGAGGUCAUUGUCCUGUUGGAACAUAGACUGGGGGCGAAGAUUUAAGGUCUUUUGCGAUCUGAAACAGGUUCUCAUCAAGGAUUUGCCUGUAUUUGGCUCCAUUCAUUGUUCCCUCCCAGUCCCUUCUGCUGAAAAGCAUCCCCAUAGCAUGAUGUUGCCACCACCGUGCUUCACGGUAGGGAUGGUGAUGUUGCCGCCACCCUGCUUCACGGUAGGGAUGGUGAUUCUGCCGCCCCCCUGCUUCACGGUAGGGAUGGUGAUGCUGCCGCCCCCCUGCUUCACGGUAGGGAUGGUGAUGCUGCCGCCCCCCUGCUUCACGGUAGGGAUGGUGAUGCUGCCGCCCCCCUGCUUCACGGUAGGGAUGGUGAUGCUGCCGCCACCCUGCUUCACGGUAGGGGAUGGUGUAAGACGGGUUAUGUGUCUGGUUUUCUCCAGACAUAGAGCUUUGCAUUCAGGCCAAAGAGUUACAUUUUUUGUCUCAUCAGACCACAUAAUAAUUUGCCUUAUGCUCUGAGUCUUUCACGUGCCUUUUUGCAAACUCCAGGUGUGUUGUCAUGUGCCUUUUUUUCAGGAGUGUCUUCCGUCUGGCCACUCUCCCAUAAAGUCCAGAUUGGUGAAGUGCUGAUGCGACUUAUCCUUCUAGCAGGUUCUCCCAUGUCAGCCAAGGAAAUCUGUAGUUCUGUCAGAGUGGUCACUUCCCUGACCAAGGUCCUCCUUGCCUGGUUGCUCAGUUUGGUCGGACGGCCAGCUCUAGGCAGAGUCUGGGUAGUUCCAUAUAGAUUUGUUUUAUUUCCCAAUGAUGGCGACCACUGUGCUCUUCAACCUUUCAACACUCUAGAAAUUGUUUUAUUCUCUUUCCCAGAUAUACUCAGUGUAUCACACAUUAGCAACACCUUCCCGAUAUUGAGUUGCAACACCGGCUUUUGCCCUCAGAACAGACUCAAUUCGUCGGGACAUGGACUCUACAAGGUGUCGAAAGCUUCCAAUGGGGAUGCUGGCCCAUGUUGACUCCAAUGCUUCCCACACUUGUCAAGUUGUCUGGAUGUCCUUUGAGUGGUGGACCAUUCUUGAUACACACAGGAAACUGUUGAGUUUGAAAAACCCAGCAGCGUUACAGUUCUUCACACAAACCAGUUCUCCUGGCACCUACCGCCAUUCCCCGUUCAAAGGCACUUCAAUCUUUUGUCUUGCCCAUUCACCCUCUGAAUCGCACUCAUACACAAUCUGUCACAAUUGUCUCAAGGCUUAAAACUUCUUUAACCCGUCUCCUCCCCUUAAUCUACGCUGAUUGAAGUGGAUUUAACAAGCGACAUCAAUAAGGGAUCGUAGGUCCUUGGAUUUAAUUUCUGCUCUGACAUGCACUGUCAACUGUGGGACCAUGUAGAGACGGCUAAAUCAUGUCCAAACAAUUUGAAUUGGCCACAGAUGGACUCCCAAGUUGUAGUGACAUCUCAAGGAUGAUCAAGGGAUAUUGGAUGCACCUGAGCUCAAUUUGGAGUGUCAGUGUGAAUACUUAGGGAAAUCUCAUUUACAUAUUUGAUUUUCAAUAAAUAUGCGACAUUUUCUAAAAACUUGUUUACACUUUGUCAUUACGGGUUAUUGUGUGUAGAUAGAUGGAUGAGAUUUAUUUAGAAUUCAGGCUGUAACUCAACAUGUGGAAUAAGUCAAGGGGUCUGAAUACUUCAAGGUACCGUAUUGAUUCAACUUCCAGAGAUUUAUCUCUCCAUGUUACUACCAACUUGCAAAUAUUUCUAUAUUGUCAAUAUGUUUGUGGUUAACAGAAGGUUGGGGAGACUAAUGCAUGGUCCUGUAUUGUUGAAAACAACUGUCCAGAUUAACAUUUUGGCAUCAAUAAUUUUUUAUUUUUUUUUAUUAUUUUUUGUGCAAUUAUCUGUUAAGGAUGUAAAUGAGUCCUGUCCAGAUGCGCUAAGCUGAAAUAGUGUUGGAUAUGAAGCUGUAUAGGAUGCUGUACCCUUGGCAUUAUUACAGUCUGUGUUAUAGGGGUCGGGCCAGCUUCACGUUCUAACCAGUCAGGACCUGAAACUGAUUCAAUUCAUCAAUGAAAAAAUGUCAUGUGUUGUAUGGAUGGUCACAUGGUGGUGGUCCAGUCAUGUGUUGUAUGGAUGGUCACAUGGUGGUGGUGUCCAGUCAUGUGUUGUAUGGAUGGUCACAUGGUGGUGGUCCAGUCAUGUGUUGUAUGGAUGGUCACAUGGUGGUGGUACAGUCAUGUGUUGUAUGGAUGGUCACAUGGUGGUGGUCCAGUCAUGUGUUGUAUGGAUGGUCACAUGGUGGUCCAGUCAUGUGUUGUAUGGAUGGUCACAUGGUGGUGGUCCAGUCAUGUGUUGUAUGGAUGGUCACAUGGUGGUCCAGUCAUGUGUUGUAUGGAUGGUCACAUGGUGGUCCAGUCAUGUGUUGUAUGGAUGGUCACAUGGUGGUCCAGUCAUGUGUUGUAUGGAUGGUCACAUGGUGGUGGUGGUCCAGUCAUGUGUUGUAUGGAUGGUCACAUGGUGGUGGUUGGUCCAGUCAUGUGUUGUAUGGAUGGUCACAUGGUGGUGGUGGUCCAGUCAUGUGUUGUAUGGAUGGUCACAUGGUGGUGGUGGUCCAGUCAUGUGUUGUAUGGAUGGUCACAUGGUGGUGGUCCAGUCAUGUGUUGUAUGGAUGGUCACAUGGUGGUGGUUGGUCCAGUCAUGUGUUGUAUGGAUGGUCACAUGGUGGUGGUCCAGUCAUGUGUUGUAUGGAUGGUCACAUGGUGGUCCAGUCAUGUGUUGUAUGGAUGGUCACAUGGUGGUGGUGGUACAGUCAUGUGUUGUAUGGAUGGUCACAUGGUGGUGGUGGUACAGUCAUGUGUUGUAUGGAUGGUCACAUGGUGGUGCAGUCAUGUGUUGUAUGGAUGGUCACAUGGUGGUGGUGGUCCAGUCAUGUGUUGUAUGGAUGGUCACAUGGUGGUGGUGGUCCAGUCAUGUGUUGUAUGUAUGGUCACAUGGUGGUGGUACAGUCAUGUGUUGUAUGGAUGGUCACAUGGUGGUCCAGUCAUGUGUUGUAUGGAUGGUCACAUGGUGGUGCAGUCAUGUGUUGUAUGGAUGGUCACAUGGUGGUCCAGUCAUGUGUUGUAUGGAUGGUCACAUGGUGGUGGUGGUCCAGUCAUGUGUGUUGUAUGGAUGGUCACAUGGUGGUGGUGGUCCAGUCAUGUGUUGUAUGGAUGGUCACAUGGUGGUGGUGGUCCAGUCAUGUGUUGUAUGGAUGGUCACAUGGUGGUGGUGGUCCAGUCAUGAUGUGUUGUAUGGAUGGUCACAUGGUGGUGGUACAGUCAUGAAAUGUGUUGUAUAAAUGCAUUAACCCAUUAAAGUUGUUUUACAGCA